AUGGCGCCAGCGCAACUAAGUUUUCGCUUCCCCCUUGCAUACCGCCUCUUCUUUCUCUUCCUAGAGCCCAUUUCCGCUCUAGUCGGAGCCUUCUACACCCAUUUCCGCCAGCAGCGCUAUCUCGAGCUCCUGGACAGGGCGACGGCACCUGCACAGGUCUCGCGGGGCACUUCCGUGGCCAUGUCGCAGCUUGCAAACAUGUACUUCUUCUUCGCCAUCAACGAGGCGCUUGUGCUCCGGUCUACCCGGGAUCUGCGCGUGUGGCGAGCGGUUUUGCUAGUUCUCUUAAUCGCUGACUUUGGACACUUAUACUCGAUGAAAGAAUUGGGUCCCGAGAUAUACUACAAUGUCACGGGUUGGAAUGCUGGCGAUAUUGGCAACGUGCCUUGGGUUUACGCGGGGGCGACGCUGAGGUUGUGUUUCCUGGCAGGGGUUGGGCUGUGA